GAUCCAAAUGAAGCAGAAGGUCUCGGCGGUAUAAAUUCAGCGGCACCGCCUCCCGCGACCUUGUGCUUUCGCCGCCCUCGGCCGUCCGACGAUCCAUAACGCUCCGUGCUUGCGCUUCGGAGGCUCGGCGGCCAUGGACAAGAGGCGAUGCUACAGUGCGGAGCGGCUCCUUGCGUCGCCGGCGGAAUUCGGCGACGGCGGCGGCGGCGCCGAUCUUCCAGACCUCUCCGAGGACGACGUCUGGCCCGCCUUCUCCGACGAUCACUCAUCGGCGGAAAUCGACGACGACUACCAUCGCUGGCCGCGGACGGACCGCGGCGGCGAUGGUCGGUGGGCCGAUCGGCACGUCGGCGGGCUUUCCCUCGCCUUCGAGGAAGCCUACCGCGGGACGGCCGCCCCGCCGCGGCGGGAGAAGCGGAUCCCGGCGGCGGCAUCUGCGCCGGUCGACGUUCCUGCCUGGCCGCGGCAUCUCCGGGCCGGAUCAGGCGGUCCGCCUCCGGAUCCGGAGGUGGAGGAGGACUCGUCGGAGACGGAGUGGCUCCCCCCGCACGAGUACCUGGCGCGGGAGCACGGGCGGAGCGCCGCGACGUCCUCGGUCUUGGAAGGCGCCGGGCGGACGCUCAAAGGCCGCGACAUGAGCCGGGUUCGCGACGCGGUCUGGAGCCAGACCGGCUUCUUCGGUUGAACCGGAGAGGCUCACUUGUCGGAUGCGCUUUGUGUCUGUGUAAUAGCUGUGAUUUGGUUUGAUCGCCGAUUCGCCGUGUGCUUGCCAAUGAGCUCAAUCAAAUGCUGUAGAAGAGUCUUUUCAACAAAAAUUGAAGAAAUUAGUAGACAA